AUGGAGGCCCCGCCGACACCGUCCGGUUUUCGGACUGACAAGCCACUCCUUUCUCUUCUCAACAUCGACCUCCUUGCCCAAGUUGCAGGUAUCACAUUCUUCCACCCGCUUGGUGCCUGGAUGCUGCCACUCUCCUUACGGACCUUAACUUUUCAAUGGCACCAUCCCCCCAUGUGGGGUUCAAUGCUCUAUGCAACCAUUGUUACAGUAGCAUGGCUUUUACAGUCGCUCAACCACAGACUAGCAUAUGGUAAAAAUAGAGAAUUCGACAAAAGCGAGGAGGUUCUUGUUAUCACGGGAGGGUCUAGCGGGCUGGGACUCUUACUAGCACAAGUUUAUGGCAUGAGAGGCAUGUCUGUGGCUAUUCUGGAUGUUAAUGAGCCCGAAGUCGAAGUUCGAAACGUUGAAUUUUACAAAUGCGAUGUUGGAAACUAUCAAGACGUCCAGGCCGUCUCUAAGCAGAUUAUUGAAGACCUGGGCCCACCAAGUGUACUGGUGAAUAAUGCGGCGGUUGUUCAUGGGAAAACAAUAUUGGAUUUAUCUGAAGACGAAAUUCAGAGCACCUUCGGCAGUAAUGUUUUGUCCAAUUUCUGGACCAUCAAAGAAUUUUUGCCAGGGAUGAUCGAGGCUAAAAGGGGUACAAUCGUUACGAUCUCGAGUGUGUUAUCACAUAUUGGCCCCAAACGCUGUAGCGACUAUUCUGCUUCAAAAGCUGCUGUGAGGCUACUCCACGAAUCUCUUACCGCAGAAGUAGCACAAUAUGACAACAUCAAGACUUUACUCGUCAGUCCCGGACAGAUUUCCACUCCGCUGUUCGAUGGUGUCGAUACUCCAUCCACCUUCUUCGCCCCAGUCCUAGAACCGGUAGACGUGGCAAAGGAAAUAAUGUCUGCAAUCGAUUCAGGUGCAGGCGGAAAUCUCGAUCUCCCUCUAUACUCAAAGUGGAUUGUGGUAAUGCACACUCUCCCUGUCAGCAUCCAAAGACUCUUAAGGUGGGUCAGUGGGUGUGACGAUGCCAUGAAGAACUUCCGGGGCAGAAAUGCCACCGACAACAUGAAUGGUAAGAAUUGA